CCCGCUCAAUGCCAGCAUGAGGACCGUAUCGCUUGUCAAUCGCCUGCGAUGGUCGUUCGGUGGAAAUAUGAACCCUCAUGCCCUCGUUGUUGGUGAUGCAGAUAAUGACGGGGACAAUGAAUUUGUUAUUGGCAAUCUCAACGGAGAUCUCGCUAUAUUUAAAGGCGAUUGUCCCAAUGGCCUGCCAACUUACUUUUGCCGAGGUCUUGGCACGGUGAGCUUGCAUUAUUGCCUCUAUCCUGUCAUAUUGCCUCGUACUAACUUUUGCGCUGAAUAGAUCACUUGUCUUGCCAUUGGGGAUGCUCGAAAUAGCGGCAAGGUAAGCUCGAAAGUGAAAGCGGCUAUCGACCGUAUAUCAAUUCUAAUGCAUCUUCUGAUGCCUACUAC